GCGGGCUGCUCGUAUUAAAACAGAGGCUUGUUUGGCUUCAGAGAUGGGACUGACAUCAGACAAAGCGGCCAAUUCAGAUGCACUGGUCAUGACUUGACCAUCAUCCAAACCCCUUAGGCAACUCAGAGUAGAAGAGCUGCGCUGAAUUAUUCUAAAGGGAAUAAAAAAGAAGAGUCCGUCCCUUGUGUCUACCUGUGAGGUGCGCUGGGACUUCCGCCUCCCCCUCCCCGCUGGAUGGGUGGAGCUGUUCACCUGGAAGCAACAAGAUCGAGCCGAGUGCCUUUUCUGAAUCAAACAAUGACAUUACUUUUGGACUUGUGAUUUCUGUCCCUCGCCAUCGUCGUGUUUGACAUUAGGCUGAGUUAUGAGCCAUCCGCCCCGCUCCAACCGGGGACACCGGGAGAGAAACGGAGACAACAGACAGUACAGAGAUCCGCGAGAGGACAGACACGAUGAGAGACGGCCACCAAGCGACAGGCCUUCUUCUCGGCCCCCAUACUACCCCAGAGACACACCCCCACCCAAACAUGUGCGGGACGUCCCACGAGUGGAGCACCAUGACUCCAAAUGCACCCACAUAUGCUCUAGGAGAGGCAUCGUGCUGAUUUGCUCCGUGCUGACCAACGCCCUGGUCCUCAUCUGUGUGGUGGCGGCUCAGAUGGUGUCAUCAGGCAUGUCUUCCGCGGCCGGAAUGGGAGGUUUCAGCAUCAACUCCAACUUUAACCUGCAGGGCACAGAUCUGCAGAAGGCCCGCGACCUCGACAUGCACUACAGCCAGAUGAGGGCGCCCGGCAUCUACGGGGGUAUCGCAUUUAGCCUCACCUUCGGGGUGGUCUCCCUCCUGUUCGUGGUGUCUGGGAACAAACCGUCCCACCAGCUGUCCCGGAAGCUGCUUUAUGGAGCGCUGGUGUUUCAGGCCGUGGGUGCGGUGGCGUACGUGGUGGCGGUCGGACUUUACCUGCACUUUGUCAUCGGUGUCAAUUCCACGGACGUGUGUAAGCAGCGCGAGCGGCUGUACAUGCGCUACGGCUACACCUGGAUGAGCUGUGACGUCGGCGGGGCUGACGCGGCCGUGGCUCUGUUCGGCCUCAUCACGGCCAUACUGUACGCGGUCGGGGCCGUGCUCACUUUCCAAACCAUCCGAGGGGUGAAGCGCUACCUGCAGGAGCGGAAACGACCAGAUGCGCACCGGCAGUCUGACACUACCGCUGUCUGAGGAGGGAAGCAAGACAGUGGGAUAGACUUUUUGCGAUAUAUGGCUUGUUGGGCUCAUUUUCCUUGACCAAUGAGCAAUUUCCAUGUUGAGUUUCGUGUUUUGUGACAGGGAUUUGUGUAGACUUUAACUUGUACACCAGUGUCACUGAAGCAAUGUUUUGCUUCGUUUUUUUUUUUUUUUUGUUUUUUUUUUUUAACCCGAGAUUGACUUUUAAUGUAUCUUUGAUUUUGCAGUGUAGUGU